UUAGAAAAUAGUGAGUACCUCCCCCUAGUCUCUCUCCCCCUUGCGCGUCCUUUUAUGUCACUCGGCUUCAGUCCUUACCUUCCACGAGAUUCGCGCUGCACUAGUUAUCCACCUGAUCUCUCCCGUAUCAGGAGCACAACACGCUUCCUAUCCGGCUCAGCCGUCCUCAUCGGAUAUUUCUCCUCUCCGUUUUCUGCUUCUAUCGCUCCGAGUAGACUAGAUCGAUGCCAACAAUCUGACCCGACUGAAAAAGGAUUUCUCUCACAGGAGCAUGAGAAGGACUGCUAAAUCAUCUACAAUCCAGUUUCCUAGAUUGGGUUACCAGCAUGAGCACUGGAAGCACAGGCAUCAGCAGUAUAAGUUUUUCGGUGACAUAUGAAAUUACUGGCGGCAGAUCCUAGUCAAAGAGAAGAAUCAAUUUUAGGUCUCCACAGAAUGGAGCAAGAAUGAGCAGAGAGUGGCUGAAAGAAAAGCAUGAACUGGAGGUUUAUUGAGUUCAUCUGCUUCCUGUUUAUAUGGGACCAUAUAGCAGUUCAGUGUUCCCGUCAGGAUCCAUCUGUUGCCGAGCAACAUGUCUCCAAGCAAUUUGAUUGGCUCAUCUCUGACCGCGGGCCUUUCCACCACUCUCGGAGUUACCUCUCCUUUGUGGAAAGAUACCGUCAAGGAUUUACAACCAGAUAUAAAAUUUAUAGAGAAUUCGGACGCUGGAAGGUGAGGAACACUGCCGUCGAGAGGAGGGACCUGCUCCGGAACCCGCUUCCGCUGAUGCCUGCGUUCCAGCAGAGCGUGAGGCAGCUGGGCCGACGUCCCUCCACCCAGCAGUUUAUCGACACCAUCAUCAAGAAAUAUGGCACCCACAUCCUUGUCUCCGGCACUCUGGGAGGUGAGGAGGCACUGACCAUGUACAUGGACAAGAGCAAGCUGGACCGGAGGAUGGUGAAUGCAACUCAGGGUGUGGAGGCCUUACAUCAGCUUGCAUCCUCCUAUUUCAUAGACAGGGAUGCGACCAUGAGAAAACUCCAUGAGAUACAGAUUUCCACCAAUGCUAUUAAGGUCACCGAGACACGCACAGGCCCGCUGGGAUGCAGCAGCUAUGACAACCUGGACUCUGUCAGCUCCGUCCUCCUGCAGAGCCUAGAGAGCAAGCUACACUUGCAAGGUCUCCAGGUAAUUUUCCCUGAAUAUCUCCAAGAGAAAUUUGUGCAAUCUGCACUCAGCUACAUCAUGUGCAACGGAGAAGGCAAGUAUGUGUGCCAUGACAGCCAGUGCAUCUGCCAGUGUGAUGAAGAGUUCCCACAAUGCAACUGCCCAAUCACCGACAUUCAGAUCAUGGAAAAUUCCCUGCAUGGAAUGAUGGAUACAUGGACUAACACAUAUAAGGAUUUUGAGAAUUCAGAUGAAUUCAAGUCAUUCCUGAAGAGGUUGCCUUCAACUCACUUCCUUUCUGUGAACAGUGUGCACCUGCUAUGGGGGAAUGAUUGGGACCUGCAGGCUCGCUAUCGACAACUGCAGAGCUCACUGGAGGUGCAGCGUUUAAAGAUCCAGCGCACUGCGCGCAAGCUCUAUGGCCUUAGCAUCCGUUGCUACCAUAACCCUAACCACCAGAUGCCUCGAGAAAGAUCCCUUUUGCAGUGGCUAAACAUAGUUCAGUCCUUUCUAUACUGUAAUGAGAAUGGAUUCUGGGGGACUUUUUUGGAGAGCCAGCAGACCUGCGUGUGCCACACAGGGGUCAACCUUUGCCAAAGACCCAUCCCCUGCGUCAUCGGGGGAAACAACAGCUGCGCCAUGUGCAGCCUGGCCAACAUCUCGCAGUGCGGCUCCUGCAACAAGGGCUACAAGCUCUACCGCGGCCGCUGCGAGCCACAGAACGUGGACUCAGAACGCAGUGAACAGUUCAUCAGCUUUGAGACAGACCUUGACUUUCAGGACCUGGAGCUGAAGUACCUGUUGCAGAAGAUGGACUCACGGUUAUAUAUACACACCACCUUCAUCAGCAACGAAAUCAGACUAGACACUUUCUUCGAUCCGCGUUGGCGAAAGCGGAUGUCCCUCACGCUGAAGAGCAACAAGAACAGGAUGGACUAUCUCCACACAAUUAUCGGGCUCUCCAUGAAGAUCUGCCAGGUCCGCAACAGCAGCAUUGACCCAAUGUUUUUCGUUUAUGUCAACCCCUUCAGUGGAAGCCAUUCGGAAGGUUGGAAUAUGCCUUUUGGGGAACAUGGAUAUCCCCGUUGGGAGAAGGUACGGCUCCAGAACACGCAGUGUUUCAAUUGGACUCUACGUCUGGGAAAUCGCUGGAAAACCUUUUUUGAGACUGUACACAUUUACUUGCGCAGUCGGACAAAGCUUUCUACCACUCUGCGCAAUGACACUGGGCAAGGACCAGUUGACUUAUCUGACCCCAACAAGAGGCAAAUAUACAUCAAGAUCUCAGAUGUGCAGGUGUUUGGCUAUAGCCUGCGGUUUAAUGCAGACCUGCUCCGCAGCGCUGUCCAGCAGGUCAACCAGUCCUACACUCAGGGCACACAAUUCUACUCUUCAUCCUCCAUCAUGUUGCUACUCUUGGACAUCAGAGACCGGAUCAAUCGCCUGGCCCCACCUGUGGCCCCCAACAAGCCGCAGCUGGACCUCUUCUCCUGUAUGCUAAAACAUCGACUGAAGCUCAACAGUAGUGAAAUGAUCCGUGUCAAUCAUGCACUGGACAUGUAUAAUACAGAAAUUUUGAAACAGUCUGACCAUCUGACAACCAAACUCUGCUAAAAAACAGUUAAUUAUAUAAACACAGAAAUAAACAUGAAAACAUCUUACAUUUUAAUUGAGGAGUACUUUUUAGAAUGUGCUUUCCUCUUUUUCAUGUAAAAAAAUAAAAUUUGUAAAUGUAAUUCUUUGACAAUACCUAAAAUAGCUGGAGAAUUAAGAAAAGAAAUCAUUUAGCAGUGUAAUAUAAUUGUUGAGCAUGUCUGUUAUUUCCUAAAAUGGAUAUAAAGGACAAAUUAAACAUCUGGUGAAUAAGAGGCCUUGAAUUUAUGUUUAUUUAAUGAGUUAAAUCUUUUUUAAGUGUUCUUAACUCAAAGAAGAAAUUAUAUAUUUUAGGAACACUAUUUCAUGAGUAUACAUUCUUAAUGGGGAAUUACGGCAACUUUUAAUAAUGUGAUUCUUCCUAGCUAGCAACUAAAUGCUCAUAGUAUGAGAAUCAGUUGUUUAAGUUUUUCCUAAAGUGGGCAUCACAAUGAGUAGUUUCAUACAAUUUCCUGGGAGAAGUUUAUUAUUUUCCAUUUUCAAUAUUUUAAACUAGAAAUUGUUGGGGAAGCUAAUUUAAUGUAAAUAUCAUAUCAUGCCAUAUCUUAUCAUAAAGUAAAAUAAAUGCGAUGUAGAUUAUUCUGACUAUUAAUGAAAUGGAUGCAUUGAUUUACAGAAGGUCGUAUGGUAUACAUAACCCAUGUCUUACCAAGGAAAUCUUACACUGUACACAAUGCUUAAUUAUUUUCUGUUCAUUGAGGAAAAACUAAAAUGCAAAUGCCAGUGAAAAAUAUUUUUGCUGUGUAUCGAUGGUCAUUUGGGUAUGUAGGGCAUCACCUAGUGAAAGUCUCCUUUACUAUGAAGAGGUUUAAGGGUGUAACAGAUUUUAAACAAGUUAACAUUUUGCUCAUAUUUGAAUAUCUUGGGUGUGCUAUUCAAGUUAGCUUCACACUGAUAAGCCCUCAUUGAACAGGUCAGUUUUCUGAAAGCUGAUAAUAUACAAUUAACUGUGUAAUGGCUCCCUUUCCCCAUCUAAUCCCCAUGCAUGUUUCAGUUGUGGUGUUACUAUGUUACUUCGUCACAAAUAUGCAGUAUUUACAGUUGUAACUCUGAAGAUAUCCAAUUAUCAAGUAUCCAUUAUUCAAAAAUUGAUAUUCAUCAGAAGUUUUCUGUGGUUAGUGCAAAAACAAUUAGAAAAGAAUGUAUUACUGCAUUUGCAUUAUAAAGAUUGUAUGUAUUAAUUCCCUAAAAUCUUCGGUUAUGGAUCACAAAAUACAGUUUUUUUGUAGUGUUACCCAACAGAUGUCAUCAUCCAAAUAUGAAUUGCUUAACAUUUAAUAGAACAUAAAAUAAUACAUUCUCUUGAAAUGUGAAUGCAAAAUAUUGAAUCUUUUAUUGAAUAGAAGACCAUUCUAUUUUGCGAAUAACCUACAACUGACGUCAGUUGCAAUCAUCACUGAAAAAAACAUGAAUACGUUUCAAAAACUGUUACACCCUUUCUAUGCCAGAAUGAUUUAAUUUAUGCCGGAUUGAUAGGUUAAUCAUUAAUCAUAGAACGGCUGUUUUUUCUUUUCCUGUGUUACAUGAAGUAUAGGGUGCCUAUAUAUUUUUUAAGGGUGUCCACAACCCCAAUAUUCUGCAACAAAUCAUGUAACAAUUUCAUUAAAGAAGAAAAAUAUCUUGGUUUGGUUAAUGUAUGAAUCACUGCAAAGUGCUGGAAUAUGAUGAGACUGAGUAAUUCUAGUUGGCCAGCAAAUUGAAAUUCAACCUUUUUUCAGAGACUGGGUUUCAUGCGGUACUAUGGCCUGAAUCUUCACAACGAAGGUUACUCUUUCAUUGCAUUAUCAUCAUACAUCAUACAAAUGAGUUACUUAAUAGAACAACAAAAAAAAUCUGUCAAUGGUUACGCAAAAUAAUACAGUACCUUGUAUUGAAGUGUGAACGCAAAACACUAAAUCAUUUUGACAUAUUGAAGCUACAAUAGAAGACCCCCCCCCCCGAAAUCUGUUUACUCCCAACUAGGCACAUGGUUAAGUAUAGUAAAAGUAAGUGGGUGAACCCCACCACAAAUUUGCACUGGCUUUUUAGCUGGCAAAAUCUACAGAUGUAGCCACUUGAAUUUUCCCCUGUUUCCAUGAUGGGGCCUUGGCUGGUCCU